AUGGUGCUCCCAAACAAAGCAAGUCGCGCGCUCAGCGGCCUGUUGCUUGCACCAAAGAAGCGGAUUGCAGCGUGUCUGGCGGUAUUACUCGUUGGGGUCUUCACCUACAUCGUGAUCUCCUCCGCUUCCUCUCGGCUGGAACGAGAGGAGCGGAUUGAGCAGCUCUUAGGUAGUAUGAGAGACCACCUCGAUUACCUUGACUCCCAGUACAGGGGCAAGCAAGAAGCGGUAUUGGCGCUACAGGCGAAGAUGUUUUCCGGCCGUGGUAACAGUUCCCAAAAUGCUCAUGAGUUCUCUUUGGCAUCAUUGUCGCCAUCAGUCCAAAUACUACUAAAGAACAUGACAGGCAGUAAAGCAGCGGGCGGUGUGUACACGAAGCAUAUAUCACAGCUUCGUAUACCCUUCGUGUAUCAACUGCUGCCGCACCUCAUGGAUGACCCUCAGAGUCUGAGGCCAGCUUACCACAUGAGUGGUGGCAGGUCCUUCUGCGAAAUUGUGGUGGGAGUACCCACUGUUAAGCGCGACAAGGAAAGUUAUCUGAUGGUGACAUUAACGCAUCUCGUCACUGAGCUGACCCCAGCUGAUGUGAACAACACCCUCAUCGUGGUCAUGGUUGGGGAAACGGAACUUGACUACGUGCUUCAAAUUGCAAGGCAGAUCGAAACUAUGUUCCCAACCCAAGUGGGUAAUGGAUUGAUCGAAGUUAUAUCACCACGAGAUUCGUACUACCCAGACUUCGACAAACUUCCAGAUACCCUAGGAGAUUCUCACAAACGAGUCAAGUGGCGUUCGAAACAGAAUUUAGAUACCAUCUUUUUAAUGGCGUACGCCCAAUCAAAGGGCACUUUUUACCUCAUGGUUGAAGACGACAUCAUAGCCAAGAAAAACUACAUCCAGAUUAUAAAGAAAUUCAUAGCCACAACCACCGUUUCCAAUCCGAACUGGAUCUUCAUCGAAUUCUGUCACAUCGGGAACAUUGGAAAACUGUUCCGAUCGGCGGAGCUGAUGAAAUUCAUCAACUAUGCCCAGAUUUUCUACAACAAUCUCCCAAUUGAUUGGCUGCUCGAGAGUUAUUUGGCGGACCGUGUCUGCAACCUGGAAAAGACUGCAAAAAAAUGCGCAGCUGCCAAGGACAAAAUUAGGCCAAAAUUCAAGCCAUCACUCUUCCAGCAUAUUGGUAUCUAUUCUUCAUUGAAGGGGAAAAUUCAUAAAAGUGGAAACGUGAAAUCCGGAGUGGCGCCAAAAUUCUUCCCUCAUACCGAUAACCCGCCACUACGAACAAUAAAAACAGACAUCACCGAGCAUAGUGCGCAUUCCCUUCAGAAGGCCUACGCAGGUCAAACAUUCUUCUGGGGUCAGAGGCCAAAGAAAGGAAACUUUGUAGAAUUCUGGUUCGAGAGACCCAUUGUUAUGACACACUACGUGUUCCGCAGCGGCAACCCAGACCACGUCCAAGAUCUGUUCUACAACACGACCCUGGAGGUCUUAGCUGCCCGUAAUCGUAGUAAUUUCACUGUGAUCGGUACUUUUGAUGAGUUCGGUCUUGCCGAAGACGAUCUCUCUAUGGGUCCCAUCACAGCCAUUCGCCUAAGGGUGCACCGCAACAGUAGCUUCUGGGUCAUUCUGAGUGAGAUCCAAAUAAAGGUAGGCCCAGCACCAGAGGCUAGGUGA